AUGAGUCCCUUCAAUCAAGCAGAGCCAACCCAAAAUGACUUGAUGGCCAAGCUACCACCACCGGCCACUGUCCAAAUCACUGCUGAGCAAAUUCUCCGUGAGGCACGUGAGCUCCAGCUUCUCCAUAAUGAAUUCGUGGAGGGUGCUAGGGCGAUUUACGAGCAAUCUGUACAAUGUCAACCAAAUCAAAUUCAGGCUUGGAUUCGAUAUGCCAAGUUUGAGACUAGUAAUGGUGAGGUUGCGAGGUCAAGGGAGGUGUAUGAGAGGGCAGUGGAGUGGCCUACAUUGAGCUUGAAAGUAAUUGUAGUUUAUCCUAGUUACAUUGAGCUUGAAAGUAAUUGUGUUUAA